AUGACUGUCACAGCACCCAAAAAGCUCAAAGUCGCCAUUGCUGGCCUGGGCCGGAUGGGCGCCCGACACGCCCACCAUUUCUACGCCUUGACCCCCCGCGCCGAGGUCAUAGCCGUCUCCACGCCCAAGCAGGAGGAACUCGACUGGGCAGCUACCAACAUCGAAGGGGCAAGACGGUACCUCAGCUACGAUGAGAUGCUAGACAGUGAGAAAGAUCUCCAGGCUGUGGUGAUUGCCUCGGCGACAAGCGUGCAUGCCGAACAGGCGAUCAAGGCGAUCGAACGCGGUCUGCAUGUUCUCUGCGAAAAGCCGUUGAGUAUCAGUGUUGAGCAGUCCCAAGCCGUCGUCGACGCGUACAACAAGUCCAAGAAGAGGUACCCCUCGCAAAAGGUCAUCUGCGGUUUCUCCCGCCGCUUCGAUGCCUCCUACCGUGACGCCUUCCAGAAGGUUCAAGAGGGCCUGAUCGGUCGGCCUAGUGUGUUCCGCUCGCAAACAUGCGACAAGCUCGACCCCACUGGCUUCUUUGUCGAGUAUGCGCAGUUCUCCGGGGGAAUCUUCGUCGAGGACUCGGUGGUCAAGUCCGUUUCUGCGGUGGGUAUCACGGCUGUAUCGCCGGAGCUGAGAAAGUAUAAUGAUCGGGAUAAUGCGUUUGGGAUACUGGAGUUCUAUGAUGGGAAGAUCGCGCAGUUGUUCUGCAGUCGGAUGAUGGCUGCGGGACAGGAGGAUAGUACCGAAAUCACCGGCACCACGGGCAAGCUCGCGGUCAAUACUCAGCCUGCCCUGAAUCUCGUCAACAUCUUCGAGCCGACGGGUAUCCGACGAGAGAUUCCCCCACACUAUUACGGUCGCUUCCGGGAUGCAUUCAUCACAGAAGCAAACGAGUUCACAGCCUGCUGUCUGGAUGAUACCGAGCCGCCAAUGAAGCUCGAGGGAGCGGUUUCGGCCGUGAGGAUAGGGGCCGCAUUGCAGGAGAGUCUCAUCACUAGGAAGAAGAUUGAGUUUGACGAGCAGGGGCAGCGAAUUUAA